CAAAAUAGGAUGACAAUAGUCACAACAGUAAUGAAAGCUUGUCGCCAUGGCGUAUGCAAAGUUGCAAAAGACCUUUUCAAUUGCAUGGCAGUCUGAUUUGAGAGGGUUCCUGUUAUUGUUUUUUUUUUUUCGGCCAACAAUGGAAGUUCGCUACAUUCUUGAAGUUGAUGUCAAUGGAGAAGAAAUUUUCUUAGUGGACAAGAAAACUCUUUCAUCCUUCUCAGAUAGGCUCAGCAAAUUAUUUGGUGAUUUGACUGAUGGUUCAAGAAAAUUGAAAGUAAUAGUUGACAACUUUCCAGGAGGUGCAUAUGGUUUCGAGCUCAUUGCAAGGUUUUGCUACAACAAUGGCACCAUUAAGAUAACUCCUUCUAACAUUGUGCUGCUAAACCAUGCUGCUCAUUACAUGGAGAUGGGCAGUAAUAGCUCAGUAAAUCUUAAUCUAGUAGAUCAGACUGAGAAAUUUCUUGAAGGGAUCAACUACUGGACUUGGUCUGACCUCCUACAAGCCCUUAAACUGUGCCAAGAUUUACUUCCUACUAUAAAUUCUUCAUUUUUGCUUGAUAAAGUCUUGGAUUGCCUUGUAGGGAGGCUUACUUUGCCAACUAUGGCAAGCCCAUUUACAUGUUCUUCAAACAAUUCCAGUUUUCAGUUCUCAUGUGAUACAAGCAGCACCUGUAGUACGAGAAACAACUGGUCUCAAACAACUUGGUGGUUUGAAGAUCUUUUGGUUUUGAAUGUUAAUUCAUUUGACAAAGUAAUCAGGAUGAUGAUGUCCCAGAAACUAGAUCAUGCUACCAUUUUUAAGUUCAUCGUUUUUCGCCUAAAAUCGAGAUAUUUCAGUGUCACAGCAUCUGAGAAGUGCAAAAUCACAGAGGUUGCAAUCAAUCUGCUUUCACUGCUUGAUAGGAGCUCUCUUUCUUGCAGAGGCUUAUUUGAUAUUCUACUAGCAGUCUCAAGGUUGAAAAAUAUAAGCAAGUUUCAUGCACUCAAGUUAGAGCAUCUGGUUGGUUCAAUAAUAGAUCAAGCAACUUUGGAUCAUCUACUUGUUCCAUCUCCACACAGGAACCAUCAUGUGCAUGAUGUGAAUUUAGUUUUGAGGCUCUUAAAAGCAUUUUUCCUUGAAGGUUCAACGAUGUCUCGAAAUCAAUUGAGGAAGGUUGCUAGCUUGAUGGAUUCGUACCUUAUAGAAGUAGCUCCAGAUAUCCUUCUGAAACCUUCCAAGUUUGCAGCAUUGAUAAUGGUUCUGCCAGAUUCUGCUAGAGAAUUCAGUGACAGACUCUAUCAAGCCAUUGAGAUGUAUCUCCAGGUCCAUGUUCAAUUAUGUGAAGAGGUAAAGAUAAGACUGUGUUCUUUUGUCAACCAUGAUAAGCUCUCGGCAGAAGCUUCCAAACACCUUGCUCAAAACUCAAACUUUCCACCAAGAUCAACACUCAAAAGUUUCAUUACUCAGAAAUCCAAGCUCAAUAGCUUAAUCCAUAAUCACUUAUCUCAUUUCAAAGUCUCAAGCCAAUCGAAGUUUCAUAGCAAUGCCAUGGAAGAACAAGAGGGCUUUGAUCAAAUCCUUAUUUAUGCAAGAAAGCAUGGACAUUCAGAGAUUGACAAUCAUGAAACCAGAUUGCAAGGAAUGCAGAAAAAGGUGACAGAAUUGGAGAAAGUUUGUGCAAAAUCAAGAUUGCAUGGCCCUGGAAAGGCUAGAUCAUUGCCGAAACUUUGUUCAUGAUAGGAAUUAGGCUUCAAGAUUCUUGUGAUUUUCACAUUAUGCCUUGGCUAAUUGUGUAUACAGGAUGAAAAUUGGAUUGAUGUAAAUAUGCAAUUUCUUUGUUUCUUUCU